CACACAGCAAGCCAGCAGAGCAGAAAGCAGCCGCAGCCCCAGCCCCCACAAGACGAGGCAACAAUGGCGCUAGAAGCAGCCACCGCCCCCCGCGCACUCCUCGCCGCGUGCCUCGUCCUGCUGGUCCUCGGCGGCGGCACCGGCCCGUCGUCGGUGCUGCGCGGCGCCGGGGCGCAGGCCGGCGGGCAGUGCCUGCCGCAGCUGAACCGCCUCCUGGCGUGCCGCGCGUACCUGGUGCCCGGCGCGCCGGACCCCAGCGCGGACUGCUGCAGCGCGCUGAGCGCCGUGUCGCACGAGUGCGCCUGCAGCACCAUGGGCAUCAUCAACAGCCUGCCCGGCCGGUGCCACCUCGCCCAAGCCAACUGCUCCGCUUGAAGCAGGGACCUGGCACGCGUGCUGCAAUGGAUGGCAGGAGGGGAGAGGAAUAAGAAGUGUUUCCAUUUCACAGUGAGAGCAGUCGAGCUCCAACGUUGUCGUCGUCGUCGUCUUCUUCUUUUGAUAUUCAGACUCUGUCUUGCGGUCUAUAUCAUCAGCAUAAUAAUAAUAAAAUAAGUAAAACCAAA